AUGGCGCUCCGUGUCUAUUCAUUAUUUUCUUGGGAUUACCUAUGCUAUAAUCACCGACGAUGUCAACUGAAAGGCUUUAAAUUAGGUAUUGUUUCUUUUACAAAUGAAUUUGGGGGUGAUCUAGAGCUGGUGCUUAAAGUCAGAAUUCAGAGGCCCAAAGAAAAUGACUUCACUGAAGUUGAACUGAACAGAGGAGAGCUGAGUUCUCAAAAUCUACUAAAAGUGAGUUGCUGUGAAUGAGAGGUUAAGCCAGAGCAAGUGAAGAUCAGGCCACCAAACACGCUGCUCAGAAAGGACAAAGACAUUUUAAGACUACAGGACUUCCAGGAAAUAAAACUCGUUUCAAUGAAAAAUGGAAGCUCUGAAUUGGUAGCACACGCACCAUCCCUGACAGAGAAGCCCUGCUUAAACAGCCACGCUGCAAACCUGACCUAUUAGAAAAUCCCAGAAAUGAACUCGAGUCAAUGUUUUAUAAACAAUGCAGUCCGGGGUGCAUGUACUGGUUUGCUAACUUCAUGUGGGUACUUUGGAAAAUCGUUCCCUUGUCUUGAACUUCUCUGGACCGGGAUAAAAUUUCAAAGUGCUCUGACAAAUAGAGCCAUUAAAAAAUUGUGCAGUAUGGUACCUAUAAACACACGUUUAUUUUGUAGAGUUGUAGGUCAAUCCUGAUCAGGCAUGGGUAUGUACUACUGAGGUUCAGUCAGGACAAACGGCCAGGGUCAUGUUCAUGUUCAUGUGAACUACAAAAGGGUUGGGGGGAGGGUAAGCUGAUAGACCUGGAAAAGCCAAGACCCCCUUGGCACACUGGUCCAACCAGUGUUGUUGCUGUUGUUGUUUAAUCUUUAAAUAAUCUCUACACCCAACAUGGAGGUUGAACUCCUAACCCCAAGAUGAAGAGUCACAUGCUCCAGACUGAGCCUGUCCGGCGCCACCGCCUUGAUGCUCCAUCUUUAAAAGCAUGUCAUACUAUCAUUUCCUAUUUACACUUUUAAACUUGCCUAUAAAAUGGCAGGACUUGAGUAACUACCUUUGGGGCCACUUUUAACAUACAACUUGUAGAACGGCCAAGGCACAGCCCACGGCAAUGAACUCUUACUAAACAGAUGGAAAGAACAAAGUUGGCAGGCACCCUUACCGACAACUAGCUCCAAGAUAGGCUGUCAUCCCGUCCCACGCUGAGCUCCUUCCACCACACUAUCUAGAAUCCUUCUGGGUCAACCCUCCCAAACUCCUAGUUGAGAACCACCAGUACUUUGGAAGCACUCGGGUGCUGUUUGACCCCAUUUACCCACGUUAACACACUGUACGUGGUCACUUCUUUUCUCAGCCGUUACUCCUGGGCUACAAAGUCGCCACUAAUCCCCAUGGAACUGAGCUAUACAAUACCACAGCUCCUUCUGGGCAAGCACAAUGUCUUGUCUUCCCCAGCACAUGAAAUUGGCCUCAUCUCCCAAAUUCUCAAUACUUCAGGGCUGAUGGAGGGUGGGGGGCACACACUAGACACCCAACUGUCCAAAGAGCAGUCUUAUUAAACCACGUGGGUACAGAUGUACCAUUCCAUUCAUAGAAAUGAGAUGAGUAUACGAGGCCUGAAUCUGCAAUUUGCUUAGUACCCAUGGAUCUCUUUGGUGGGAGCAUCUCAGCUGAGAAGAAGUCACAGGUCUUUUUGAAAAGACCACACAGCCCCUAACGUGGGCCAAUUCCACGUAGCGCUGUUCUAGUGCCACAGGAUUCUGGAGGAUGACAAGGGGUCCAUCCCCAAGUGCCACCUCCCUCAGGUAUUCUCAAUUUAUUUUGAAUAAUAAGGAAAAUCUGUGGGGUGCCUGGGUGGCUCAGUGAGUUAAGUGUCUUUUGAUCUC